UGGGGGGGGACGCGGAGCGAUGGGCCGCGCCGGCCGCCGGGGCGGAUGAGACCCCCCCGUCGCGCCGCGGCGGUGGGCCGGAGGGCGGAGACGGUGCCCGAGCGCCACGGGAGUAUGACGGGGCUGUACGAGCUGGUGUGGCGGGUGCUGCACGCGCUGCUCUGCCUGCACCGCACGCUCGCCUCCUGGCUCCGCGUUCGCUUCGGCACCUGGAACUGGCUCUGGCGGCGCUGCGGCCGCGCCGCCUCCGCCGCGGUCCUAGCGCCGCUCGGCUUCACGCUCCGCAAGCCCCCGGCCGGCGGCAGGCACCGGCGUCCGCACCGGCAUCGGGCCGCGCCCACCCACCCCCGGCUGCGCUGGCGCGCGGACGGCCGGUCCCUGCAGAAGCUGCCGGUGCACAUGGGCCUGGUGGUCACCGAGGAGGAGCAGGAGCCCAGCUUCUCGGACAUCGCGAGCCUCGUGGUGUGGUGCAUGGCGGUGGGGAUCUCCUACAUUAGCGUCUACGACCACCAAGGUAUUUUCAAGAGAAAUAAUUCCAGAUUGAUGGAUGAAAUUUUAAAACAACAGCAGGAACUUUUGGGCCUAGAUUGUUCCAAAUACUCACCAGAGUUUGCAAAUAGUAACGACAGAGAUGAUCAAGUUUUAAAUUGCCCUUCAGCAGUGAAGGUGCUGUCCCCAGAAGAUGGAAAAGCGGAUAUUGUGAGAGCUGCCCAGGACUUUUGCCAGUUAGUAGCUCAGCAGCAGAGGAGACCCACAGAUUUGGAUGUAGAUCUGCUAGACGGCUUACUUAGUUCACAUGGUUUCCCUGAUCCUGACUUAGUGUUGAAGUUUGGUCCUGUGGACAGCACAUUAGGCUUUCUUCCCUGGCAAAUCAGAUUGACUGAGAUCAUCUCUUUGCCUUCUCACCUAAACAUCAGCUAUGAGGACUUUUUCUCCGCCCUUCGUCAGUACGCAGCCUGUGAACAGCGUCUGGGGAAGUAGUGGUUCCUGCUCGCAUCACAUGAUUUCAGACUUGGAGAAAAGGACCCAAUUGACUCUGAUGUUUACAAAGUACCUAUAAAACCUUGUACACACCUAGUUCAUAUUCCUCCUAAUUUAUCAACAAACACAAAAAAGUGUCUUACUUGAGAGUGAAUGAGUGUGUGUGUGUGUGCGCGCGUGCGCGCGCGUGCGUGCACGUGUGUGUAUGGAGAUAAAUUUAUAAAUGGGGCACAUUGGAGAAUGGAGUACACAGUUCAAGCACGUAGGGGCCAUGUCUUAGGAACUGAGAUUUCUGAUGUAAAGGCUUCAGCUCCUGCUACUUCUCUGUUUUUGUGGGGAGUACAGGCAGUGAGUAGAGCUGGCUUAGUUGUUUGUGGUGGGAGGGGAUGGUUUUUGUUCAGUCUUUAUAGUGACCAAACUUUAAUCUCUAAGAAUAAUAUAUUGAUCUACUAGUGGAAGUAUUCUCAUUUUUGAGGGACAUUCGGAGAGUCGGGAUUGUUGACAUGUUGAAAGUUUGCUCACCUGCAGAGCAAAGGGAACCUCCUCAGUUUUCCGUCCAUUUCAUUUCAUUAUAGUGAGCAGUGUGACCUGAGAGUAUUGCUCUGGCGUCUGAGUUGUAAAGAUCAUUUGAAAAAAAAAAAAAAAAACUUACAAUAUUGAAGUACAGAAUACAAAAAAUUUAAAUACUGAGUUAGGCAGUCAAAAACCAAAAAAGUGAAUAAAUGAUCAUCUUAAAGAUGGAAAAUUUUCUAAGAGGACAGUUUUGAUUUCCUUGUGUGAAGAGUACUGUGUUCUAUAGUACCCAAAGCAUUUAUAAAGAAAUGCUUUUUAUUUCAAAUAAACAUUUGAGAGAAGUUACCAAGGCAGCUCUUUCCCUCAAAAGUAGCCCACCCCUCCCCCGAGUGCUCCUGGGCUUUUCUUUGUCCAGUAAAUCUCAGUGACAACCUUGCGUAUGAUUAAGUAGGAUGGAGGCCUGUAUUACCAAAGUCUGGGGAGCAUAAUUUACUUGAUUCUAUGUUCUCUUGAAUUCUAGAGAACAGCACUGGUUCUGACAGAAUUGAAUUCUCGAUAGAUGUUUAAUGUUUUUCCACUGAUAAUCUCUGGAUGGAAAACAUUCUUUAUAUUUGAUGGACAGUUUUCAGAAAACUUCAAUCAACAAGUGUGUACGAGUCAUGUACAUCCAGAAUAGAGCAGUUUAAAUACUAGGCCUCAGAAAUCUGAAAACCAGCAAAGAAUGUGGGUUUGGAAAGUAUGGUCUGGAAUUGCCUAUCAGAUUCUGAAGAAUCCGUGUUUCAGCUUUGGAUUACAAACCCCAUUUAUGAUUUUUAAAAUAUACUUGAAAUAAAAUGAUUAAAAUGAAUUUUGGUCCGGUGACAUUA